CGAGAUGGUAGGCAGGGCGUAGUGAACACUACGGCGGAAAAUGGCGCCCAGCUCGAAAACCGAAAAGGACGGUAACAAACAAACGCAGAGAAAACACAAAGAACAUAUCGUCAAGCUUCUGAACCGUGGAAAGUUGUCUGGCCAGUAUUCUCAGCGCUUGUUCAGGAAACUACCACCGCGUGUCUGUGUUCCCCUGAAGAACAUAGUCAGCGAGGAGUUCCUCAGAGCAGGACACAUCUUCCUGGGGUUCACUAAGUGUGGUCGUUACGUGCUGUCCUACACCAGUGACUGUGGAGAGGACGAUGACUUCUCCUUCUACACCUAUCACCUCUACUGGUGGGAGUUCAACCUACACAGCAGACUCAAACAGGUGCACCAUGUGCGUCUGUUUACAGGUGAGGACAUCUACAGUGAUCUCUACCUGACAGUGUGUGAGUGGCCCAACGACCACUCCAAGAUCGUCAUCUUUGGCUUCAAUACUCGUAGCUCCAGCUCAGUGUUGAUGAAUCUGAUGAUGAGUGAUGAGAACAACAGAGAUAUCUACAUCACCAUCGCCUCCAUGCCUCCUCCCAGACCCUGCUCACAGUGCUGCCCUACAAACACCUCUACCAUACGCACAGGCAGUGGAGAGUGUCUGGAACAUGGCUAUAUGUUGAACAGUCGGUACCAGGUGGUCUAUCCCUUCCCUACCUUCCAGCCUGCCUUCCAGCUGAAGAAAGACCAGGUGAUCUUCCUCAACACCUCCUAUUCCCUGGUGGCCUGCUCUGUGUCCCUCUGUCCAGGUGAGCAGGGUCAUUCCUCUCAGAUCCUGUUCAGAAAGAGAGCCACAGCACCCACCUCAGAACAUCAAUCCACUCCAUCGCCCUCUUCAUCCUCUUCCUCUCACGGGUCUCCCGACAGCCGCCCGCUAACCGCCAAACCAAGCCCCGCCCCUCUUUCCCCUAGCCAAUCACAAGCUGCCGCCCGGGCGCGAGAGUUCGCCGCCGACCUCUUCAGACGUGCCCAGGGAGGAAGGAGGGAAAACGAGGGAGGAGAGAGGAGAGGGAAAACGGAGGGAAGCGAAGUAGGAGAGGAGGUCGUCGUGACUGAGAGAGAAGGGGUGAGCGUGGAGAGGGAUAGAGAACAGAGGGAAGACACACAAACGGAUCAACUGACAAGCGCACCACAGACUUCCACUUCAGCUGGGAACCAAAGUUUGUUGCGACCUUUGCAGGAGGACUCUAUUCAGUGUAGUGCGGUGAUGUCUCCUGCCUCCUCCUCCUCCUCGUCCCCCCCCACUCCUCAUUCUUCUCAGGAAGCAGGCUGCAGCGAGCCGGGAUAUGUCAAUUACACCCGCUUGCAGUACCGCAUGCCACAGCCGGGGGCGCCAGAGCAGGAUGCAGGAGGUUAUGAGGAUGAUAAGGUCCAGCUGCCUUUCACUGUGACUGACCUGAAGGGACGCAACCUACAGCUGGUCACUGGGCCCCACAACGGACAGAGUGUGUGUGUGGAGCAGUUGACUCUGGACUUUGAGUACCUGAUCAACGAGGUGAUCCGGAGCGACGCCCGCUGGGCUCCUCAGUUCUGUUCCUUCAACGACUACGACGUUGUUAUACUGGAGGUGUGUCCAGAGACUAACACAGUGGUGAUCAACAUUGGGCUGCUGCUGCUGGCAUUCUCCAACCCUGAAGAGGAACACUGCAGGCCCAACACCUACCACUCCAGUCUGCAGGUGAGCUGGGACCUCAACACAGGAGUGUGUCACACCGUCGGGGUUGGUGACCUCACUGAGGUCAAGGGUCAGACCAGUGGCAGUGUAUGGAGUUCCUACAGGAAGUCUUGUGUUAACACAGUAAUGAAGUGGCUGGUUCCAGAGAGCAGCUCUCGUUACAUCAACCGCAUGACCAACGAGGCCCUGCACAAAGGUUCCUCUCUACAGGUGUUAGCUGACAGCGACCGGAGCACCUGGAUCAUUCUAUGAGGGACAACAGAGGGGUGUCCUGACACCAGAGGCUCAGACU